CUUCACACUUGGUAUAUAUAUGAAGAAUUAGUUCGCCAAAUAUCUCCUCCAUGCCAAGUUUUGCUUUUGUGCAAAUUCCCUUGUCUUUUUACCUAAUAAUGGACACACAGAAGCUCCUCUGCUCUCUCCUCUGCUGCUUCCUCUUCUCCCUUCUCUCAGGGCAACAACUGGUGCAAGGAGGCCACCACCACCACCACCACCACCACACCCAUCAUCACCUCUUUAAUUUUCGCCCCACAAAGCUCUUUGUCUUUGGGGAUUCGUAUGCUGACACAGGCAACAGGAAAUCCGGAGCCAACUCUUGGAAGUACCCCUAUGGCAUCACCUUCCCCGGAAAACCAGCCGGUCGUUUCUCCGAUGGCCGUGUUCUCACCGACUACGUUGCAAAGACCGUGGGGCUCAAGUCUCCAAUUCCGUACAAAUGGAAGCAACUCGGGGGGAAAUACUUGAAAAAUGGGAUGAACUUUGCAUACGGAGGCACAGGAGUAUUCAAUACGUUAGUCCCAGGCCCAAACAUGACCACCCAGAUCGAUUUCUUCCAGGAUCUCGUCAAAGACAACGUGUUUACUGCUACAGAUCUACAGUCCUCUGUGGCCCUCCUCUCCCUUGCUGGUAAUGAUUACUCUGUUUACGCUGCAAGCAGUGGGUCUACUCAGAGCUUGCAAUCGUUCAUUACCGCAGUGGUGAAUCAAAUUACUGUAAACUUGAAACGCAUUCAUGGGUUGGGAAUUAAAAAAGCAGCAGUGACAUCUCUACAGCCUUUAGGAUGUCUCCCUCAGAGCACGGCCAUGUCGUCAUUCCGACAAUGCAAUGGAACUCAAAACUCUUUCGUGAAUUUCCACAACCUCUUGUUGAAACAAGCCGUGGCUCAGUUGAACAACGAGACCAAGGAUAAUCAUGUCGUCAUUCUCGAUCUUUAUGCCUCCUUCAUGUCUGUAUUCACGAAGAAAGGAGACCACCCAGGAAGUACAAGGUUUGAGAACCCAUUGAAGCCAUGUUGUAUGGGUGUAAGCAGAGAAUAUUUCUGUGGAAGUGAGGAUGAGAGUACUGGGGCCAAGAAAUAUACAAUCUGUGAUGACCCUGAAUCGGCAUUCUUUUGGGACACGGUGCAUCCUACGCAGGAGGGAUGGCGUGCUGUGUAUUCAGCUUUGCAACCCACUCUUGAACAGCUUUAAAGGAGGUUUUUUUUUUUUUUUUAGGAUGAAUAACUUUAAUGGAGUUAUCGAAAAGAAGGGGGAAAGAAAAUUUGGCGUUACUUGUUUGGUUUUGUUGUACUAUGGUUUGGGGUUUGGUCAUAUGUAAGUUGUGUAACUACGUAAGAAUGAAUGGUUUUGUUCUGGGAAGGCUCUCCUCUCCUCUGUUUUUGGCAUGCUAUUAUGGUAGGAUGCCGGUGUAUAUUGGCCCGUUUGAAAUUCACGUUUCCUCCUCCCCCCAUUUUCUCUC